CUAACGGUAGAUGGCACGCUUGCGCUGUAUUUUGCUACACUUGUUAUCCCUGUUGUCCAUGGAUGGAGCUAGGUUAGCUUAGCUAAUUUAAACUCUCCUGAGUGGGUCAGUGUGUCGUUGUCGGUUUGUGCCGUGAAGUAGGAUACGGAUUGAACUGCUGAGUUUAAAACAGAGGAAACUCUCAGCUUAUUCCCCAAAACCGUUCGCACAACUAAAGAAGAAUAAAAAAAGUGAUUUCUUUGAAAAUAAAACGGUUACAAAAGAUGAAGUAUGCGUAACGUAACCCUGGGAUAUUGCUGCGUGCCACCCCGACGAAGCUUUCGUGUUCACCGGUUUGUUCAGAAGUUGAAUUCCCAGUACCAUGGAUACUGAGGGAUAUAAAAAUGAUCCACACUAUACAGAAGCAGAGAGCCUUUGGCAUGUGAUGCAGAAAUCAGGAGAUCUGGAUCCAAGGAUCAGAGAUGGUGAGGGCUGGAAGCUGGUGGAUGUAUUUCUUUCAGGAGGAGCACCGUGGGGAUUUACACUCAGAGGGGGACUGGAGCAUCGAGAACCUCUGCUCAUAACCAAGGUUGAGGAGGGCAGCAAGGCAGCAGCAGUGAGUCUCCAGGUGGGAGACGAGCUUGUCAACAUCAAUGAGAUUCCCCUGAGUGGCUACAGACAGGAGGCAAUCUGCCUAGUGAAAGGCUCCCACAAGACCCUCAGUCUGGUGGUGAAAAGGAAUAUGAAAAUGGUGGAUAUUGUAACUCAGAAAAUGCCCUCAGAGAAUGACGUGCAUGUGGCAAGAAGCUUUCUUACGAAGAUUUUGCGAAGUUCCAUGAGAAAGAAUCGCUUUAAAGGGCGGAAUGAACCCAUAAGCAGGCCUCACUCCUGGCACUCAACCAAGUUCAACGAAAGCCAAUCGGAGACUGCCAAAACACAGUCUCCACCCACGGCAGUCUGGCAAACCAGAUACGAUGCAAGCUCAUCCUCAACUGAUCUCUCCUCUGGCUGGGAGCAGACAAACCUGCGCAGAGUGUCCGACCAGUUCAGCUCUCUUGGCAGUAUGGACAGUCUAGAACAUGUCUCACACCCAUACCCUGCCGGUCAGCUGUCACCCGCCAAAUCCAACAACAGUAUGGAGCAUCUUGGAGGAGGGAAACGAGACUCAGCCUACAGCUCCUUCUCCACCAGCUCUGGCACACCAGACUAUACCCUCUCAAAGAGCAAUGGUGCCUCGACAGAGAACAUGCUCUAUAAAUUCAGUCAGUGGGAUGCAGGAGGAAAGCACAACAAUGGCAGAAACAGCCAGAGCUUGAUCGAGGGAGUCAAACAGGACGAUAGGGUGGCGUACUUCCAGAUGCCAGGAGUUAGCAUAGGCUGCGAGGGUCCACAGCCUGAGGACUCGGCUGGAUCCCGCCAUUCCACUUCAAGUAGAACAAGCUAUGGACCUGUUUGGCAUGUCCCUGAAAAAAAGAAGACCGCUUCCCCCUCUCCUCCCCCUCCACCUCCACCUGCACGCAGUGACAGUUUUGCUGCAACUAAGGUACAUGAAAGGGGGCUCGUUAUAGCUCACCCUGAAGGACCUGAAUCACAUGUCUCCUGUAAGACUUCGACUGAAAAUCGCCACAGCCUAUCCCCGAAAAAUGACAGGGACACUUUUUACACUUCAUCUGAUAAAUCGAAUCAUAACCAGUUCAGCUCAAACAAGCAGUACUCCCUGUCCAGUAGUGACGUUCGGCAAGGCCAACCCUACCAUCAAAGACACCAUAGUGACAAAAGCACUUUUUAUUCUCAGCCCUAUGCUACGUCUGUACCAAAGCCACAGAACGUAGUUGGCUACUAUUGUAGCAUGCAGGAACUGCCUACCAAUGGUUCUGCACAACACUUUGGUCAGAACCAGAGAAGGAACUUAAGCACCUCCCUAUCUACCACAGGCACUGACCAAAACACUGAAAGCAGUGGACAUAGUCGAUACUACUGUGUCACAACAUGUCAGCCCACGCAGCCUAACCCCCAGCCUUUGUCAGGAAAAUCAGAGGACAGGAAGAGUGUCACAGGCGUAGACCUGGCACAGACUGGAAAUGAGCAGAACUCUCUUAGCCCAGUCACCAAAUUGAAGUAUCAUUUGCCCCAACAGCAACAACACUCCUCGCACAGAAAAGACAGCAAUGGAUACAGCAAGCACCAAGUUACUACUGUACUAGAAACCUCUGUACCUAAAUCCAGCUCUGAUGAUAGGGGAAGCCAGAGAGGCCACAACAUACAAAAUGCAGAAGCUCAGUUCAUGAGUUAUCCUCCUAGCAGACACGCUGAACAGCGGAGGUCUCUGCCACUACAACAUAGAGAAUUACCCCAAGACCUCAGACAUCACAGCCAAGUGAGCAACAAGAUCUGCCCCCAGGCAACCCCCAUGCUUCACUCUCUAUCCAUGGAUGCCGCAGGCCAAGACGCAAACUCUGAGGAGUCUCUUGAAAGCAAGCAGGUGAGACGCAGUGACCGUUUUGCCACCACGUUAAGGAAUGAAAUCCAGAUGAGAAUAGCCAAGCUGCAGAAAAGUAAGAGUGCAGCUACCCUUCCUGGUACUGAGGGUGAAACUGAAGACGAUCAGGAUAUCUGGAAGUCCCCUGAAAACACCGCCCCAACCGCUGCAGAUGGCUCCUUCACCAACACCUACAAGGUUAAUCUGAAGGAAGCACAAGCAAGGGUGCUCAAGGCUACGUCUUUCAGGAGAAAAGACCUGGAGCCUGUCUUACUGGAGAACCCUGCAGCGGAGGCCUUACCUAACUACCCAUCCUCAGCGCUGGCCCGUAAAGAUGUCACCCCUCUGCCAACUGUCUCAGAGUCUGUAAUAAGUAAAUCAGGGCUUGCCGGGGGUCAAGUAACUCGCAUUGGUGGUCGAAAGCGUUUUCCUGCAGAAAAGAAGGUACGGUCUUUCUCUGAACCAGACAAAAUCCAUGAAGUUGGGGUGAAGGAAGAUCUCCCUCACAAUGAAAAUUCACGCUCCUCACUAGACCAACAGAAGCUGUUCAAAGGAAAUGGGAAACCAGCUUUCCCCAAUCACAUUCCCCCUCAGAGCUAUACUGAGAACCCCACAGAGACCAAGGCCCGAGAUCUUUCCACAAACAGUGAAACAGAGGACACAAUUAAAGGCAUCAGGACCAGAGAAUACACUGAAGAGAUCCAGGGAGGUCCUUACUCUGCACACAAUCUGUCCAUCCUAGACCAGCAAAGACUGGGCACUUUCGCUGAGUAUGAGGCAAGGUGGAAUGUACAGAAAAAUUCCGCAGAACCAAGAGCCUCCGGACGGUACCUGUCUGCUGAUAACAUCCUGGAUCCAGGACCAGAGGAGAGAACCAAAACCACCUGUUUCCAUGAGAGAUCCCGAUCAUCUCCUUCAGCUGACAUCUAUGGACAGAUUAUUCAAGUUCCUGCAAGAAAGUCUGAGACAGAAUAUUCCCAGACGGAGAGUAAACCUGCUGAACCGCUUAAUACUGCUACGGGGUUCUCUGACAGAGGGCCCGGUGACUGUAAAGUGCGAGAAAAGCCUGUGGAGUUUGAACAUUACUCAGCGCCACCCUCUCCGCCCAUGAUAGGAACCAACCCCGACUGCAGACACAGACCUGCCCCUGCCACUGUUAACCACAGACCCACAUCUAUCUCUCAUAGUCUCACAGAGUCUGCCCUCCCUCAGCCUGAGGACCACAGCCACACUGAGCCGCCAUCUGGGCCGAGGAGGAAGCCCUCUGCACUGGAGAAGCCUCCCCCACCCAGAUGCCCAGAGGUCGACUCCCACGAGUCCUUCACCGGUUCCCAGAGUGAAAUCUUCACCCACUGCUCUCCUAACGCUGACCCUAACUCCGCCUUUGUCCCCACCCACUCUGCAAAGAGAGAUUCUGAGCAGGGCAAAGGACUUGUGGACAAAGGACAAGGGGCAGAACAUCAUCUAUCAACAUCCAAUCCUCAGCCUGCCUCCUCUCCCCCAGCUUCCUCACACAGACCUUCAGGGCUGGCCACUAUGGAGCGGCAGCGCUCUCCCUCGCCACAGUUUUCCCCACAGAGACUCAGUGACAAGCCACCGGUCUCUCUACAGGAUGAAGACUCAAACAGGAUGGAGCAUGUGAUAGAAAACCAAAAUCCCGCAGUGAAGAAAGUGCCCAUCAGGAUUGUCCACUCAGACGGGGUCACAGAGAAGGAGAAUUGUCCAUUUUUGCAGCACAGUGACCCCCCUGCGGUUGAGGCUGAGGAUCCUGGUGUAACCAGGCUCGGCAGCCUGGGAGCUGCAGGGCAGGACUCAGUCUUCUGUGCCUUUACUCGGCAGAGGGAGCCCGACAGUACACCGGCUGCUGAGACAGACCCAAAGCCCCAGAGAGACGCGUACAUGAGUACUGUUAAAGAUUACAUCAACUCUAACAGUCAGCAGCCACCGCAGCCCGCAGACAUAACCACAGGACAGUGUGAGGAGGACCAGAAGAGAGAGGAGCUGGCCAGGGACAUCAUGGGGAAGGAUAAAUCACUAGCUGAUAUUCUGGACCAGAGCAAGAUGAAGACCACCAUGGACUUGAUGGAGGGUAUCUUCCCUCAGGGGGAGCUGGAAGGAGCUCACCAGCGCAGGAAGGUGCCCCCCAAACAGACAGCCACCCGGCCUGCUGAGGAAAGGGAAAAGGAGGACAGUAUGGCAGCAGCUGUCACCAUGGUGACCAGCUCUACAUACUACAGCACAUCUGCUCCCAAAGCUGAGCUCCUUAUUAAGAUGAAGGACAUGCAGGAGCAGGAGGAGGAGGAAGACUCCGAAGACGAACUGGACAUUGAUCUGGCCAACAAGAAGCAAGAGCUGAUCGACAGCCUUAGCAAGAAGCUCCAGGUGCUGCGGGAGGCCCGGGAGAGUCUUCAGGAGGACGUCCUGGACAACAACGCUCUGGGAGACGAGGUGGAGGCCCGAGUCCAGCAGAUCUGCAAACCCAACGAGCUUGACAAGUUCAGGAUGUUUGUCGGGGACCUGGACAAGGUGGUGAGCCUGCUGCUGUCCCUGUCGGGCCGCCUGGCCAGAGUGGAGAACGCCCUCAACAGUCUGGAGGAGGAUGCUACGGCUGAGGAGAGACGUACGUUGAUUGAGAAGAGGAAGCUGUUGAUUCGACAGCAUGAGGAUGCGAAGGAACUGAAGGAGAACCUGGACCGUCGGGAACGUGUGGUUUAUGACAUCCUGUCCAACUACCUGCAGGAGGACACCCUUACGGACUAUGAGCACUUUGUCAAGAUGAAGUCUGCGCUCAUCAUCGAGCAGCGCAAGCUUGAGGAUAAAAUCAAACUAGGCGAGGAGCAGCUCAAGUGUCUGAUGGACAGUCUGCCGAUAGAGCAGCGACUGGCCCUGUGAAGAUGUUGGACACUGAUGAACUCUGAUGAUAAAGACUAGUUAUGUUGCUCCAAGUUGCAGUUGAGCUGUGUGUCCAACAGAGGGAGACAGAGAGGAGGAAUCUGCAGAGACAAACCGUCUGUAGACAUUUUCUGACAUUUUUUCAAUUCUGUGGUGAAGCCUCAUCCGAGCACCUCUUAACCACUUCACGUCUUCUCAACUGGACUGCCAUAACACCACUUGGACUGAUAGCAUCCUUAAGGAACUCCCUUGUGAAAGAUGCUGCUUUUCCUGGCAUCAACCAACCACUGUAUCUAAUGUCUUUCAUGCCACUUUUGCUUUGUUUUUAUUUUUAAUGUUUUUUUUUUAGUAAUUUAUUGUAGCCUUUUGAAUCUGCGCAGGAGGAGACAGUAUUUUAUCUUCAACUGAUUUGAGCAGCCACGCUACCUGAUGUGUGUUUUCCACGCUGAGCAACUAGGAGUGUUUGUCAUGUUUCGUUUUCGUUUAAGUAAUUUCACAGUCUGAAACCCUUUUCACAUAAUCCAUCAAAUCUGGCCGAAUAUUUCAAUACAAGCGAAGGUUUUUGUUAACAUUUAUAUAUAAACUAGUGGCCUUUUACUAAGAUUUUUGUGCUCUCGCUUUCCUCACUGAAAAAGCUUUUCUUGAUGGUGAGAUGUUAGUGAAUGUACCUGUGAAGAGAAAGUGUGCAGAUACUGGUCACUUUAAAGAGCACUUGUUUGACUUCACUAAACAGAAGAACAGAAGCACUUCACAUUCAGACUUUAACUCAAGUGAAAUCCACAUUUGAAGUGCCUGGGGAGUCACCCACGUCACCGCGAACACUGUCCGGUCUUUUAAUCCACUUCUGCAUGUUGCAUCUGUCCGUGCUGUUCUGUUUUAUUCACAGCCAGAAAAAAAACUUGUUUAGAUUAUGAUAUUGCCACGUAUAAGUUGACCAAGUGUUUCUGUAUUUUGUCUUAUUACUUCACUGUUUUCUUCUUCACGGUGCAGAUGCUGAAUGCAUAGUUACCACAGCUGUAACUUGACGUAUUGCUAAAUUUAAACACUAAAAGUUGUUCAGGUUGAUCAUUUUGUGACCAAAUAUGGAAGUAAAUCACUGCAAAGCAUUUUCCCCAGCUUGAACUUCGGUCUAUCAGAUGUCUGAAUUUCAGACUGUAAGGGCUGAAUCAGUCUCCCAAAGGUAAAUCCUAUUGGGGGAUGUUUGUUCUGCACAUUUGAGAAUAUUAGUUUCACACGCUUCAUACACUGCUACAGCCUGACUCUUAACACUUUAUCAGCUGUGCUCCUUUAUAUCAAAUAAAGAGUCUGCUGGAAUCACA